GUAUUCUUCUCCAGGUGCCUACUGAUGGAAAUGCUGGCUUGCUGGCAGAGCCCCAAAUUGCCAUGUUUUGUGGCAAACUCAAUAUGCAUAUGAAUGUUCAGAAUGGAAAAUGGGAAUCUGACCCCUCAGGGACCAAGACCUGCAUUGGAACUAAAGAAGGGAUUCUGCAGUAUUGCCAAGAGGUUUAUCCUGAAUUACAAAUUACCAAUGUUGUGGAAGCCAACCAGCCUGUGACCAUCCAAAACUGGUGCAAGAGGGGACGGAAGCAGUGCAAGAGUCACCCUCACAUUGUGGUUCCCUACAGGUGCUUGGUUGGUGAGUUUGUGAGUGAUGCCCUUCUGGUGCCAGACAAGUGCAAGUUCCUUCACCAGGAGAGGAUGGAUGGAUGUGAAACCCACCUGCACUGGCACACGGUUGCUAAAGAGUCUUGUAGUGAAAAGAGUAUGAAUCUGCAUGAUUACGGUAUGCUGCUGCCCUGUGGAAUUGACAAGUUCCGUGGUGUGGAGUUUGUUUGCUGUCCAUUGGCAGAUGAAGGUGAAAAUUUUGAUUCAGCUGAUGCUGAGGAAGAUGAUUCAGAUGUCUGGUGGGGAGGUGCAGAUGCAGAUUAUGCAGAUGGAAGUGAUGACAAGGUAGUAGAAGAGCAGCCAGAGGAAGAGGAAGAGGUAGCAGAUGUGGAAGAUGAAGAUGCGGAUGACGACGAUGAUGAUGGUGAUGAGAUUGAAGAAGAGGCAGAGGAACAGUACGAAGAGGCCACAGAAAGAACUACAAGCAUUGCUACCACAACCACCACAACUACAGAAUCUGUAGAAGAGGUUGUUAGAGAGGUGUGCUCUGAACAAGCUGAGACUGGUCCUUGCCGAGCAAUGAUCUCCCGAUGGUACUUUGAUGUGACUGAAGGAAAGUGUGCACCAUUCUUUUACGGCGGAUGUGGUGGGAACCGAAACAACUUUGACUCUGAGGAAUACUGCAUGGCAGUCUGUGGCAGCGUCAUCCCCACCACAGCUGCCAGCACUCCUGAUGCUGUUGACAAAUACUUGGAGACGCCUGGUGAUGAGAAUGAACAUGCCCAUUUCCAGAAAGCCAAAGAGAGACUUGAAGCCAAGCACCGUGAAAGAAUGUCUCAAGUCAUGAGGGAAUGGGAGGAAGCAGAACGCGAAGCAAAGAACUUACCAAAGGCUGAUAAGAAGGCUGUUAUUCAGCAUUUCCAGGAAAAAGUGGAAUCACUGGAGCAAGAAGCAGCAAAUGAGAGACAGCAGCUAGUGGAAACUCACAUGGCCAGAGUGGAAGCCAUGCUGAAUGACCGCCGCCGCAUUGCUCUGGAGAACUAUAUCACAGCUCUGCAAGCCAUACCUCCCAGACCUCGCCAUGUGUUCAAUAUGCUGAAGAAGUAUGUGCGUGCAGAGCAGAAGGACAGACAGCAUACCCUCAAGCACUUUGAACAUGUCCGCAUGGUGGAUCCUAAGAAAGCUGCCCAAAUCAGGUCUCAGGUUAUGACACACCUACGUGUGAUAUAUGAGCGCAUGAAUCAGUCUCUAGCAGUUGCUGAGGAGAUUCAAGAUGAAGUGGAUGAACUGCUUCAGAAAGAGCAAAACUACUCCGAUGAUGUCUUGGCUAAUAUGAUUAGUGAGCCCAGGAUCAGCUAUGGAAAUGAUGCCCUCAUGCCUUCAUUGACUGAAACUAAGACCACAGUUGAACUUCUUCCAGUUGAUGGAGAAUUCAGCCUUGAUGAUCUUCAGCCAUGGCAUCCUUUUGCUGUUGAUUCUGUCCCAGCCAACACUGAAAAUGAAGUUGAGCCAGUCGAUGCCCGCCCAGCUGCAGACAGAGGACUGACCACAAGACCAGGUUCUGGGUUGACCAAUGUUAAAACAGAAGAGAUCUCUGAAGUAAAGAUGGAUGCAGAAUUCCGACAUGAUUCGGGAUAUGAAGUACAUCAUCAAAAAUUGGUAUUCUUUGCUGAAGAUGUGGGUUCAAACAAAGGUGCCAUCAUCGGACUAAUGGUAGGCGGUGUUGUCAUAGCAACAGUCAUUGUCAUUACUUUGGUGAUGCUGAAGAAAAAACAGUACACAUCCAUCCAUCAUGGUGUAGUGGAGGUGGACGCGGCAGUGACACCAGAGGAACGCCACCUUUCCAAGAUGCAACAAAAUGGCUAUGAAAAUCCAACCUACAAGUUCUUUGAACAGAUGCAGAACUAGAACACCACAACAGCCUCAUGAGUUGGACAGCAAAAUGAUUGCUUCACUGCCCAUCGGUGUUCGAUUAUAGAAUAACGUGGAAAGAAACAAAAAACACUCUGUUUUAUUAUUUACUCAUUAUCGCCUUUGACAGCUGUGCUGUAACACAAGUAGAUGCCUGAACUUGAAAUAAUAAAAAUCAGUAAUGUAUUUUCUCUCUUUACAUUUCAGUCUUUACACUACAUUAUUAAUGAAUGUUUUUUGUGUACUGUAAAGAAGUUAGCUGUAUUUAACUAUUGCAUGGAUAGAGUCUCUCUCCCAAUUAUUUAUCAUGUAGCCCCUUAGCCAAUUGUAUAUUAUUCUUGUGAUUUGUGGCAAAAAUUAAGUCCUAAUUGAAAUAUGCUUUAAGAAUUGAUGGGGGAUGCUUCCUGUGUCUUAGCUGCUUCUCUUUGCUGAGUAUUUUUUUCUGAUCACUAUGCAUUUUAAAGUAAAACUACAUUUUUUUAAAGUAUUCCAGAUGAGUUAUUUUCCUCUGCAGUUGCAUUUUAUUGUACAGAUGGUUGCUUCUGCUGUAUUAGUGAUGUAGAAAUCAUGGGAAUACACAUUUGUUUCUUUGUGCCUGUUUUAUGUGCACACUUUAGGCAUUGGAAGGUAAACUUAUUUUUUCCAUGUACCUUUUUGAUCUUUUAAUAAAAAUUAAAAAAUGAAAAAGAA